UUUGCUAAUGUUGCAUUGGUUAACUGAUCAGCGCGCUUAUUUCAGUAGACAUCUGCGACACCAUACAUCCAGACAUCUUUGAUAUAAUAUGAAAACUUAAUAUUAUGUAGACACACUUAGGUAAUAUUAUAUAUAAUAACUGAAACGUACAUGAAGCUCUAGUCUCUAUUCUGCUUACCAGCAGUGAAUACUGGUCUUACAUCCGGUGGCUUCCACACAUCUCUGCUAACAUGCUUUCCCCAGCAUUUUUAUGAAGUGAUAAUAAACCUGUUUUGCUUCUACAAUAGCACUGUUGCAUUUCUUUCUUGCUGCUAUUACUUUAUAACUCUUCUACAGCACACAGCCGACAUCAGAUUUAAUGCUCUGAGGAGAUUGUUACAGCCUCCAAACGACAUCUGAGGACCCUCACAGCUGGGGGGGAAAUCUUUUCGGCAAACAGAAAUGAGGCAGAAUCCUUUGCCACGAGGCCGACGACAGAUCCGUUCACUCGAAACCCUGUAAACAACACCGUGGAGGUCUGAUUGUUUGCUUAUUUGUAUAUGAGAAUGAAGAGAGGGAGAAUCUGCCUUUCAUUGGGACAUUUUAGCUCAGUGACAGGCCGACUAUUGCGUUUAAUCUGAAAUAAUCAAUACAGUCGCUCUGUAGAUGUACAAAUGUGCAAAAUCUGAAUGUUAAACAAAGAGUGGAGCUCAUAACUGUCAAAAUAUCUCCUACCUAUCUUGUCACCCCUGACACAAUCACUCAAGCCUCGGUGAGAAGUGCAUAGUCAUAUUUGCAAAGGACCAACAGAGAGUUUCUUUCCCACGUUGCGUCUGUCAUUAACACAUCCAUUUCCCUGUUAACGUCUGUCAAGUGUCACAUUUUUUAAUGAGAAAGAACACACUUAGAAACUCGAUUCUUCUAAUCCCUCGCAGAGGGUUGUGCUCAUCUGCCACUGAGUUAUGCAUUGUUGAGCGGCGGCGCUCUCCUUGCAAGUGUAUCGUUAAAUAAGAGACGCGUCUCUGACAGGAAACAAACACAGAGUGUAGCCAGAGUGAGUGCAGGACGAGGAACUCUCAAGGUUCAAUCUCUGCCUGUUUAGACAGUGAAGGUUGCAUUCACUGGCACCUGACCAGAACCUUUCAAGGCGCUAAUGCUCCUUACCCACACACACACACACACUCGUGCACACACUCAUAUUAGCACUUAAAGUUCUUAAAUGCACACACACACACACACACACACACACACAUACAAUGAGCCAGUAUGUAAAAGCAAACCUGCAUUUCCUUAUAGAUGCACCGUGUUGAUGCAGAUGUAAUAUGCAUGAUUAAAACAGGUACACAUGGGUGCACACACAACCCACCCACCCACCUACCCACACACACACACACACACACACACACACAGAGCCAGUGCUCAUGAGCAAACUUGGCUGUCUCUGGCCCACCAUUGUUCGCUGGCGCUGAGGCAUUGCCGGGCUAAGUGAGGGGCCCUGAUGGAUACCUACCGGACUCAGACCACCAGUAAAGGUGUGAGAGGAGGAGAGAGGGAGUAAAACGCUGAAUACGGUGGGAGAAGAUGGCAGAAGAUAGCAGAAUAUAGAAUCCAAGGAACAUGAGGAGGAAAAUCUAUUGUCACAUCCAUUCAAAUGCACAGGUGUGUGUAUGGGUGUUAUAUGGAUGCUCCCCUGCUUACCUGCAUGGGUUGCAAUAUGACUCUGCUGUAAGAACUGUAGGCGACAAAGUCAUAAACUCACUUUCCAGCUAACGAUAUUUACAAAUAUUGGGACAAAAUAGUAUAAUUUCAUGUGAAGUUAGCAAAACCAUAGUGAGAGAUGACUCACUGCCCUGAUUUAAAGCAGUCGGUUAAAGGUGCAACAUGUAAGAAUUAGCUACUAUUACAAAUAGUGGACAGCAUAUUCCACCUUUAAAGCUGUGCAGUCAUUUUCUAUUAAGAAGAGGUCAAGUGUCUGUGCAGAUGUUAAAGGGGUUGCUUGUAUGAUAUUCACCUUGUAAAAUAAUAUAUGUGUACCAAACUAAAACACUCAUGUCAAGUGCAAGCAUCUGUAAGCAGCUAAGUGAGCGUGUUAGCCAGACAGGUCACCUGCAGUCCUGAGGGAGAUGAUCAGUUUGACUCCGGCGUUUUCAGUGAUUUCCUGAAGACUUGAUGCUGCCUUUUUUACCGUCAAACGUCACUUUUGUAACAAACAUAUUUCAGUGUGAAAGCAGGCGACUAAUCUGAUCUCCAGAGAAAGAUGUGUGAGGAUAUUUCAGCAGACUGCUGGCAAAGGCGUAACUUGGGCUCCAGGCGCUGGAAACACAGACGCCAGGUCCGACAGCGCAGCGGCAGUCAACAUCCCGCGGCACAUGAAGUGAAAUACAGAGGAGUCGACCUUGAAAGCUCGACUUAAAGCGAAGUUGCUUGUUGAACUCCGCUGAGGCCGCGCACGUCACAUUAAACACACAUCAACUUACUCUGUGGUGUUUUUUUUUCUUCACACAGGUUUAACACAAACUGCGGGGCGACAUUUGAAUUCACAUCAAGAAAAAAACUGCAAGAAAAAAGGUCUGAAUCCGUUGAUCUCAGCGGCCGACCUGAUGACCAUCCCUGGUGGUCACCCGCCCGUCGGCGGUGAAGUGGAGGCUACUGUGUGGCACUUUAAACAACAAGGGUGUGAAGUGACGGAUGAGAGAGUAAACACACAAAGGUCAAGACGCCUCACACGCUGAAAGAGAGGGAAAUUUGUUGUAACUCGAGUGCUGGAUUUUCCCGAACAAUGGCGCAGUCUUGAAACUCAAGAAAUGUUUCCAUGUCGGAGACGUGUCAGGUGAAUCAUCUGUGAUUCAGAGUUGGCAACAAUAACAUGAUCUCGCUUUGACCCUCGCUGCACUCGGAGACGUGCAGCUGCAGAACCAAAAUCAGAUCUAAUUGGAUAAACAGUGUGACUGUUUACUUUAAGGAAACCUGGUAUGCUUUUUGGUUUUGUAGAUAUUCCAUAUGUGGGAGUGCUGUCCUUCUGUUCUUAAUGCUCAUUCACGACAAGAGGAAAGAGGCGUUGUGUCUCAUCUGUUUCAUAACGAUUCAUGUGCAUGUAAAAGAUCAUGAAAGUGAAAAGGGUCAGAGAAGCUCCUCUCUCCCACGGAAAAUACCGCUCAUGAAACGCAUCUUUAUUUACUUCAUGCCUAUUAGCUUGUUUUGUGUGUGAGAACUGAUUUAGCACAGCUGCUCUGCUGCUGUUAGCGGUGCUGGCUCAGGCGUGUUUGAACUGACCAGUGACAGCAGACCAGGGGGCCUUAAACCGACAGGAGCUGAAACAGAGGGGGAAUCAAAUAUAAUAAUACGUCUCCUUUAAAAAUGUGAUCUGAAUGCACGACCUCUUGCUGUAGGACACUAUGAAAGAAUUAGAUGUAAGUCCAGAUGCCUGAGUUGUGACUUAAUGACAGUCUCCUCUUCCUCCUCACCCUCCCUCCCUCCCUCUGACAGUGGGAGACAUAAUCAGGUUUUGUGAGAUUUAGCAGUAGAUUAGCAGCCACCUUGCUUCAGAUAAGAAGCUGCACUGAUAAAGCCCUGUCCUGGGAGGCACAUGGCUGUGAUUAAACGCCAUAUCUGACAUGAGCAGAUCUGUUAAGAACACAAUUAAGACACUGUCUAGCCGUAUCUACUCUAAGUGCACUUGCCCCUGCUAAUCCCAGCGCUCUGUGUUGGGCAUGAGGUUGUACUGAUUCUGACUAAAAACACAUCAUCCGUGCAAACGUUGGUUCUGGGCUUGUAGUUCUUCCAUGUUGCAGAGAUAAAACUAGUGUAUACUAGCUGUUCUGUAUAAAUUAGAUUACGAUCAAGUCAUAGAAUGACACAAACUGUAGAGAAAUGACCUUAUCUCCAGGUGAAACUGAUCUGGUUUGAAGGCAGGCCUGUAAGUUAAUAUUACGAUCGAGAUAGAAACAGUAAAAGGCAGUAAAUGAGUAAAUAUAACAUCACGGCUUUUAUUCAUAAUCCAAUUCAUAGAAGAUUUUCCAAAACAGCUAUUUUGGUGCCAUGCUCCUCCUCUGGGUGAUUACGAAUAAGACUGGAAAAGAGCCUCUCCGCGAGCUCAGUACGCAGUGGCACACAUAAUUAAACAGGCUUUUCAAAACCGUGCUGCUUCCAGCCACCGUUCCCAGAAGAAAAGGCCCCAACUGGUCCGUAUAAACCGCCUAAGUGGUCAUGUAUAGAAAGCCAGGUGAGAGCAGCUUAAUGUGCCUGGAUAAACUUGCCAGCCACAGAUCCAAACUUCAAAUUCCCCUUCACAGUGGAUGGAGUGAUAAGAGCUGCAUGUGCGUCCGCGCAGCCUCGGCAUUUAUUUAUGCUUUUAGCAUUCUUUGUUUAUGGAUGCAUUGCAGGUUAUCUUGGUGUCCUCCUGCACAGCUGGAGUGAGUCUGUACCAACCCCUAUCUAUCCAGGCCCAUAACUUGUGGAACAUCUUUCUGCAAAUAGCAGACUCGCUUCUCCAAACUCUCUUUCUGUACGCGAGUGCAUCACCGCGAUGCUUUUGGUACGACACAUGCGAACAGAUUUUGUUUUGGUUUUUUUUUGUUUUGUUUUCGCACAAUGUAUGUUUGCUCCUUGCAUGCAUUGCAACGGUACAGGUGGGCAUGUAUGCUGCUGAUAAGAUCCAACGCUUAGAGAGAAAAAAAGUACCCAAAAGUCAAACUUGAGCAAAAGCAAAGAUAUUGUUCUAAAACAUGACUUUGGUGUAAGUCAUCUACAGUAGAUAAAUAAUACUUGAUGAAGUAUUUUCGUUGCUGUUAUCGGCGUUGUCGACCUGACCAGCUACCAGAUCUGAUAUUCAGCAUUUUUCUGAUUUUCAGAAACAGUGUUCGAUCAAAUAGAUUCAUCUUAAACUGUGCUGCUUUGGCUCCGAUGCGACAUGUAAUCUGCAAAGCACCUAGUAACUAAAAUGAUCAAAUAAACGUAGUGGAGUGUAACGUCCAAGUUGCACUGUGCUUGAGUGAAUGCAUUUGGACUCUUUUCACACCUACAGGUCUGUAUGUGGUGUUACGCGGUGACACUAAAGACUGAUAAUAGCGACGUCUGCAUCAUAUCACCAUCCAUUACACCAUAAGCAGAUUCCCUGGCCUCCGUCGUUGCAGCCUGUCCUCGGAGAUGCCUUUCAGGGAUUCAUUAUCUCUGUAAAACACCACAAGGGGGUUGAGUGCUUCCAUCCACUGCCUCUUUAACCCACAUCCAUUAUUCAGAGACAGUCUAGCGGAGUCAGAACUGCAGGGAGACCGAGAGAAGCCACCGAUGUCUCACUCUCGCAUCCCACAGAUAAUUAGGAGACGUUUAAUAGCUGUCAGGGUGAUAUUUCUGACAUUUCAGUCACCAAUUUUUGUUUUCGUUUUUUCUUUUCUUUGCACAUGACAGAACCUUCACUGCAUGCAAAUGUCUGACGCAGACAGCGUGCUAGUGUGCCAAUGCAGGACGAACAAUGUGAUGUGUCUCCCUUGGUGACUGCCACUGCGUUUGUCACAUUAUGCCCAACUUGUUUUCUGCAUGUAAUAAUAAUAACGGUAAGGCAAUCUGUCGCCUGAAACCGGAUCCUGUUAGGAUGGAGAGGAGUGACUGAAACAUGUGACAAGGUGUGAUUAGUUAGCCACCGGUCUUGCUCGGUGUUUGUUGACAGAUGGGUCUUUUGUCGAGGUAAUUUGUUCAACAGAAUAACCAGGUAGAUAAUUACCUGUUGCUUUUGUGGCUAUCAGGGCCAUUGUUGUGUUAAAUCAUCCUCAUAGUGAAUAUUCAUCGCUCGGUGGGGGCAGCAGAGGGGGUCAUUGAAUGCAGCUGACCUGAGGCAACAUGUUCUUCUUGCUGAUUUGGAAAAAGAAAAAGAAAAAAAGCUUCUUGCUAACACCUAAUUCAACAACCUUACACAUGUGGUGCACACAAUAAAUCCUUAAAUCAGCGAAAAUCUCAAUGCAGUUUUGAAUGUGAUUUCCAAAACUUCUCACUUUUUCUUCAGCUACAGCUGCGUUUAGGCUCAGUUGCAUCAGAUUAGACCACUAUUCACCCAGGAUGCAAAUAAACAUGAUAGGGUAUUAAGAGGCUGGAGCGGAAAGGGGUGUGACCAGGGUGUUGUAUUUCAUGUCAAACCACCUGGAGAGGAGACACUUAAGGCGCGCGGGUUGAGGGUGCCAGCGGCAGUAGAGAGACGCCACUCACCACACAAGACCACAUCCUUUGAGUGACUGCUCUGGACUUUGCAUCCCCCCUCAGGACAUGGACAGCAAUAUCAGACCGCUCGGCCUGGCCGGGCACACCGCCGGCCCGCUCGGUGGCUUGCAGGUGCCCUCGUCCCUCCUGCGCCCUCCGCCUCUCUUCCUCCGGGCUUGUAACCCCGCGCUGGAGAGGGGAUACCCCCGCACUCCGAAGUGCGCCAGAUGCAGGAACCACGGCGUGGUGUCCGCGCUCAAGGGCCACAAGCGCUUCUGUCGCUGGAGGGACUGCGUGUGCGCAAAGUGCACCCUGAUCGCGGAGAGGCAGCGGGUGAUGGCCGCGCAGGUGGCGCUGAGGAGGCAGCAGGCUCAGGAGGAGAGUGAGGCCCGGGAGCUCCGGCUCUUGUACCCCGGUGGGGAAACCGGGGUCCCCCAGGGGUCCCCCGUGGGCCCCGGGGUGCCAGCAGCGACCAGCAGCGCUCCAACACCUCCGAGUUUUGAUGUUUUUGGAGCAGAGAACCAAAAAAACGAUGACAAACUGAGCAAGUACAACUUUUAUAACGGGUUCAUGGGUCGACCCCUCUUUGCGCCCCAGACCGCCCGCCUGCCCUCUCCAACAGACAGCAAGGACCUGUCCCCAAACAAGGACGCAAACACCGCCUCGUCCACUGAGGACAGCGCAAGUCCGUCCCCGGUGUUUCACCACACAGAGAGUCCACAGAGGUCGCUUUCCUCCUCGGAUCCGGAGUCUGGCAGCGAGUCGGAGAAACCCAAGCACUCCCCGAGCCUGGACCGGGACCCCACCGACAUCAUGGCCAAGAUCUUCCCCCACCAGAAACGGGACACCCUGGAGUCUAUGGUGAGAACGUGCAAGGGCGACAUCGUCAGAUCCAUUGAACUGGUUUUGAGCUCCAAAGAGAACAAGAUCGACUCUGAAAGCUUGGCUCUGUCGAGUCACGCAAACGCGCUCAGGCCUUCUGUUGGACUGCCUGGAGCGCUCGGUGCUCUGGGGAACAAGUCAGCCUUCUCCCCGCUCCACAUGACGGCUGCCGGGGGAGACAGCGUGUACGGGCUCGGCCCUCGCCUCGGUGUCAGCCCCCUGCGGCUGGCUUAUUCCUCCGCGAGCGGCGGGAUGGCAGGUUUCAUGUCUCCGUACAUGACAUCCGGACUGAUGCCAGUGUUUCCACUGCGUCCACCUUUGGACUCAUAUUCCUUUCCCGGCAUGAUCCGAGACCUCUCUUACCUUCAGAACAAGGAGUCGCUGUGCAGCACGGGUCUUUACACACGACUCAACAGCGACAAAUGACCAGUGACACAUUUGCAGAUGUAAAAUGUUACUCCUUAGUUAAUCUUAUUGUAAAGUGACUCCCAGAUUUGCCUUAAAAAGCCUUUCAAGUGCCUCAAACAGCCCAAGUGUCCUUUUUUAUAGUGUACAUGUUGUAAAGAAUGUUUUUUAUUAAUAAAGCCAUAAAAAGAUGCUCUUGUCCAUGUUUUAAUUCUAUCUAUCUAUCUAUCUAUCGAUCUAUCGAUCUAUCGAUCUAUCUAUCUAUCUAUCUAUCUAUCUAUCUAUCUAUCUAUCUAUCUAUCUAUCUAUCUAGCUCCUUGUAGUCUGACAGUGUGCAUUUUCUAAAACAUUUGAUGGAUAUUUACAGAUUUCCCAUCGUCCAUCUUCAUAUUUUCAUCAGCAGAGGCCUGUAUCAGGUGAUGCAGGUUACAAAUAAUGAAAACAGGUUGGAAUUUUACCAUAUGGAAAUGUGUUUCUAGGUUGAAGAGUUCAGUAUUGAGCCAAUAGGCCACAUGUCUGGUUGCCAGAGUAAUUACUGCCCCUUCUCGCAUUAAAGAGGCACUAUGUAGUUUUGAAAUUGUAAUGUGCACAUUAAUAACAAGGUAAUAAUACAAACUCAGAAAUAUAUAUAUAUUUUUCCAUAACUGAAGCUGUUGUCAGUGGAAAAUAAGGUCCCCAGGACAC